UCUCGCGAGCAAGAAGCUUUUCCUUAGAAGUUUUCGUUUCUGUUCAGACUCGCAGCCUGCAUAUCGCAAUGUCCCGAAUGCUGAGCAUUGAUUUGCCAGAUAUUGAGAAUAUACUCACGCUAAAUCCACAUGUGAAGACUUGUGCAUCUCUGCGAUCUACAGCAGCAACAAAGGUCAUUAAAACUCACUGGAAACGAAAUUCCAAUAUAAAUUGCUCGGGCUAUGAGAAACUGGAGAAUAAUUUUGAUGACAUCAAACACACCACUCUCAGUGAGCGAGGAGCACUUCAUGAAGCAAUGAGAUGCUUGAAGUGCGCUGAUGCUCCUUGUCAGAAGAGCUGUCCCACUAAUCUGGACAUAAAGUCAUUUAUCACCAGCAUUGCAAACAAGAACUACUAUGGAGCUGCCAAAACCAUUCUGUCUGACAACCCCCUCGGUCUAACUUGUGGGAUGGUUUGCCCAACCUCUGACCUCUGUGUGGGAGGAUGCAAUUUACAUGCAUCCGAAGAAGGAGCAAUUAACAUAGGUGGAUUGCAACAGUUUGCCACUGAGGUGUUCAAAGGGAUGAAAAUUCCUCAGAUUCGGAAUCCAUCACUUCCACCCCCAGAAGAAUUACCUGACAGCUUCCAUGCUAAAAUAGCCCUGAUUGGAUGUGGACCUGCCAGUAUCAGUUGUGCUUCCUUUCUAGCUCGAUUGGGCUAUUCAGACAUUACAAUAUUUGAAAAACAUGAAUAUUUCGGAGGUUUGAGCACAUCUGAGAUACCUCAGUUCAGAUUGCCUUAUGAUGUUGUCAAGUUUGAGAUCAAGCUGAUGAAAGACCUUGGUGUGAAGAUUGUCUUUGGUAAAGGUCUGGGAAUUGAAGGAAUGACUUUGGAGACCUUGAAGCAGGAUGGCUAUGAAGCAGUCUUCAUUGGCAUAGGUUUACCAGAGCCAAAGAGAGAUCACAUCUUUGAAGGCUUAACAGUGGAACAUGGUUUCUACACAUCCAAGGAUUUCCUGCCUCUUGUUGCAAAAGCCAGCAAACCAGGGAUGUGUGCCUGUCAGUCUAGCCUGCCCUCACUACAUGGCACAGUUCUCAUACUUGGUGCUGGAGACACUGCCUUUGAUUGCGCUACAUCUGCAUUACGCUGUGGAGCUCGCCGUGUGUUUGUGGUUUUUAGAAAAGGAUUUACCAAUAUCAGGGCUGUCCCAGAGGAGAUGGAACUAGCAAAAAAAGAAAGAUGCGAGUUUUUGCCUUACAUGUCACCAAGAAGAAUUAUUCUGAAAGGUCAGCGCAUUUCUGCAAUUGAGUUUGUUCGUACAGAGCAGAAUGACGUUGGGGAUUGGAUUGAAGAUGAAGAUCAAGUUAUUCGCUUAAAAGCAAAUAUUGUCAUCAGUGCAUUUGGCUCUGUUCUCUGCAAUUCUUCAGUGAAAGAGGCCAUGACCAACAUCAGGUUUAACAGAUGGGGCUCCCUGGAUAUUGAUACAGAGACCAUGCAGACUAGUGAGCCUUGGGUGUUUGCAGGUGGUGACGUCGCUGGAUUGGCUAAUACCACUGUAGAGUCCGUGAAUGAUGGAAAACAGGCUUCAUGGCACAUUCACAAAUAUUUACAGUCUUUACAUGGUUGUCACAUUUCUGAAAAGCCUGAACUCCCCCUUUUCUACACGCCUAUUGAUCUCGUGGACAUCAGUGUAGAGAUGGCUGGCUUGAAGUUUCUGAAUCCUUUCGGUUUGGCCAGUGCCCCUCCAACAACCAACGCUGCAAUGAUUCGAAGAGCAUUUGUGGCAGGUUGGGCCUUUGCUCUGACAAAAACAUUCUCUCUCGAUAAGGAUAUUGUGACCAACCUUUCUCCAAGAAUUAUACGUGGAAUGACUUCAGGCCCUGUCUAUGGCCCAGGACAAAGCUCCUUUCUGAACAUUGAACUCAUCAGUGAGAAGACAUGUGCAUAUUGGUGCAAAAGCAUUAAGGAAUUGAAGGCUGAUUUCCCAAAUAAUAUUAUUAUUGCCAGCCUCAUGUGCACUUACAACAAGAAUGAUUGGACAAAACUUGCAAAAAUGGCAGAGGAUUCUGGUGCGGAUGCCUUGGAAUUAAACUUGUCCUGCCCACAUGGCAUGGGAGAAAGAGGAAUGGGUGUGGCCUGCGGACAGGAUCCAAAGCUGGUGCGAAACAUCUGCCGUUGGGUACGACAAGCUGUUAAGAUUCCAUUCUUUGCCAAGCUGACCCCAAACGUCACAGACAUUGUAAACAUAGCGAUGGCAGCUCAGGAAGGUGGUGCAAAUGGUGUUACAGCAACCAAUACAGUCUCUGGGCUGAUAGGAGUACUUGCAGACGGUACACCAGUGCCUGCUGUUGGUAGAGACAGGCGAACCACAUAUGGUGGUGUAUCUGGGAUUGCAAUAAGGCCAAUAGCUUUACGUGCCGUAUCUUCUAUUGGACAGGCUAUACCAGGAUUUCCAGUUCUAGCUGCUGGAGGGAUUGAUUCAGCUGAAGCAGGACUACAAUUUCUGAAUUGUGGUGCCUCCGUAUUGCAGGUGUGCAGUGCUGUUCAGAAUCAGGACUUCACAUUAAUUGAUGACUACUGCACAGGAUUGAAAGCCUUGUUGUAUUUAAAAAGCAUUGAAGAGCUGCAAAAAUGGGAAGGACAGAGCCCACCAACAAUAUCUCACCAGAAAGGAAAACCUGUGCAUAAAAUUGCUGGAUUAAUUGGACAGCAUUUGCCCAGCUUUGGUCCCUACUUGGAACAACGCAACAAGAUUAUAGCAGAACAUAAACUGAAACAGAAGGAACUGAAUGAAGUGAUCCAGGAACAUGAUGAAGCACCAUAUACAGUCAAGAAACCCAUUCCAAGAGUUCAGGAAAUAAUUGGCAGAACUCUGCCACUCAUUGGAACCUAUGGCAUGCUGAAUAGCGAGGAGCAUGUUUUGGCUUUGAUCAAUGAAGAAAUGUGCAUUAACUGUGGAAAAUGCUACAUGACUUGCAAUGACUCUGGUUACCAGGCCAUAACCUUUGACCCUGAGACGCACCUUCCUCGAGUUACAGCUGACUGCACAGGUUGCACUCUUUGUUACAGCGUCUGUCCCAUCAUUGAUUGCAUUACAAUGAUUCCCCGUUUAACACCUUAUGAACCAAAGAGAGGUAUUCCUUUGGCAGUCUGACGAGUUUGUUGAGUUGACAUGGUCCAGCAGUAAAACAUGACUUAACAUCCAUAUCUACCUAAUAGCAUUGAUUUAGUCAUUCAUGAUAUAACAUGACAAAUUGCUGUUAUUUCCAAAGUAUUGAUUUUCACUUACUAAUCCUAGUUGCUGCGACCUUGCAUUCUCCAAUUAGCCAACUGCAAUUGAAUAAAAGAGUUUAUGUUUUAAAAA